CCACGAACGCACAAACUCCAGCAAUCCGCCGGCCGCCGGCCGCCAAGGCGGCGCAAGCUCACCCCCGCAUGCCGCCGCUGCAGCCUUUGCCCCCGGCGCUCCACCGCGCGCUCUCCCUCCUCCCGCGCCUCAACUCCCCGCGCCACCUCCUGCAGGCCCACGCCUUCCUCCUCCCCCACGGGGGCCAUCGACACCCGCGCCUCCUCUCCGCGCUCCUCCUCGCCUCCCUCCGCCUCGCGCCCCGCCCACACGCCCACGCCGUCGCGCUCCUCCGCCGCCUCCACCCCUCCGUCACCCUCAGGGCCGUCGCGCGCCUCCCGCACCUCCGCAGCAGCCUCGGCCCGCAGCUCCACUCCCUGCUCCUCCGCGCUGGCCUCGCAGCCUCCGACGCCCACGUCUCCGCCAGCCUCGUCCAGGUGUACUGCGCGUGCGGCCGCGUCGCCGCCGCGCGCAGCGUGUUCGACGAGAUGGUCGACAGGGACGUUGUGGCAUGGAACGUUAUGAUGGCCGGGUACGUGAAGGCUGGGGACCUGGUCCGCGCGCGUGAGCUGUUCGAUGCUAUGCCGGAAAGGAACGUGGUGUCGUGGACGACGGUGAUCGGGGCGUACGCGCAGAUGAGGCGGCCGGAAGAGGCGAUCGAGGUGUUCCGGAGGAUGCAGAUGGAGGAGGGGAUCGAGCCUGAUGGGGUGGCGCUGCUGUCUGUUCUGUCGGCAUGCGGGGAUCUGGGCGCCGUCGAUUUAGGGGAGUGGGUGCACAGGUUCGUGGUGAGGCGGCGUUUAUGCCAGGAGAUACCACUGAUGAAUGCAAUUAUUGACUUGUAUGUUAAAUGCGGGUGCAUUGAGAAGGCAUUGGAGGUGUUUGAUGGCAUGAAGCAGAAGAGCGUUGUGACCUGGACGACGGUGAUAGCUGGAUUCGCGUUGCAUGGUCUUGGCUUGGAAGCUGUCGAGAUGUUUCGCCGGAUGGAAAGGGAGAAUGUGGCACCAAAUGACGUCACUUUUCUUGCAAUCCUGUCAGCGUGUAGCCAUGUCGGACUGACUGAUUUGGGUCGCUGGUGUUUCAACAUCAUGGUGUCUCACUAUGGGAUUAAGCCACGAGUUGAGCAUUAUGGAUGCAUGGUUGAUCUACUUGGUCGUGCUGGUUCUUUAACGGAGGCUCAAGAUUUAGUUCAGCACAUGCCAUUCAAGGCAAAUGCAGCAAUAUGGGGAGCUCUUCUUUCUGCUGCUCGGACCCAUGCUGAUGCUGGCCUUGGAGAACAAGCCUUGUUGCACUUAAUUCAGCUUGAGCCUCACAACAGUGGGAACUAUAUUCUCCUAUCGAAUAUUUAUGCAGAACAUGAGAGGUGGGAUGAUGUGAGCAAACUUCGAAAGGCAAUGAAAGAACGGGGAUUAAGGAAUGUGCCAGGGGCAAGUUCUAUCGAAGUUAAUGGCAUGGUUCAUGAGUUCACUUCCAGAGAUGGGUCCCAUCCUUCCUUGCAUAAGAUAUGUGAAGUAUUAUGUGAGAUCAACACUAACAUGAAAUCUGUUGGUUUUGUCACUGUGCUCCCUGAAGUACUGUGUGAUAUUGAAGAAGGUUAAGGGUCUGUUUGUUUGGUA